AGUCUCCUAUCUAGACGGCAACGGUGCUCGCGUCUACAUGUCAUUCUGUCAAUAAAAAACUGAAUCAAACGUUUCGGAUUCAUUAAAAUUUUCAGUUGAAAUGGAAAAUAAUACUAGGAAAACGUAUUUGUAUAGGAAAUUGAAGAUAGUGAAAGACUCUGGCGAUAUCCGGAAAAUAGAGAAGUCUUUCGCCAGUGGAAGCUGCAGCGCCGUGACGAAAAUAAGUAAAAAUUGUGAUCGUGGUGAUUCCAUAGCAAAAUCUGGAGAAAAGGUUAGAUAUACAGAAAGAAGACUUGUAGACUUUCUCCCAAGGACCAUACGCCGGGCUCAGCUCAAGGAGCAUGAAGGCAAGACGAAAAACCUAAAGGAGAUGAAAAGAAUUAAGGACAACUAUACAAUAAGAAGUAAAUAUUACGUGAGGAGAGAAAGUUUCGAGAGAAAUUACCCAGACAAAGCUGAGAGCGACAUUAAAAAUGGGGAACGGACACUAAAACUAAGUCUACGGCCGACUUCCAAAGCGCACGCGAAGCAUCAUUGUUGUAUAGGUACGGUACGGCGUACGGUCGACGAUCGUGCACCCAAACCAAAUGAACAAGUUAUUGUGGCGUCCCAAUCCCGCUUGUCGUCAGUCAAAUCACACAGCAGCAGCAUGAAAGCGGACCUUAAACGGAAAAUGCCUUCGAAGACUUCCAAUCACUCGCAGCAAGUCGUGCGGCGCCCAAUCAUCAAAACAAUAACCUCAAAGGACGAUAAAUACAAAGUGUUCAAAGCAGUCAAAUUCGUUGAGAAGAAAGCGCAACCAACGCAACUGCAAAUCACAAUGCCGACGACUAUAAAGAAACCGAAGGAAACAAAAUCUAUCGCAACCAAAUCGAGUGUGAAGGAGAAACGCAAGAAAGAGACGAACGCGAAGCCUAUCUUGUCAUCAGAUGUCGCUGUCAAAAUCAAAUCGCCCCCAACUGAAAUUGCUAAGUGGGUCAACGUGGACCACGCUAAGGUGUAUUACGAGGCCUGGGUGGACACCACAUUAGCGGCUAUAUCGAAAAAGGUGAAGGAAAAAAAUUUUGACAAAAAGAAACUCAUUAAGACGUUUGAAAAAGCGCUGGCUGAAAGACCGGCCUCCCCCGGUAUCGACUACAAACUACUGUUAGACGAACAGUACACUGGAAAAAUAAGAGUAAAUAAAAGAUAAAUGCGCAUGUUGAAUUCCUUAGCUUCGCUAACGCAAGGCGUUUCAAUGUCGGGACCCACUCGCAGAUAGUUGUGGCAUUAGUGUAAAUAGAAAGAAAUAAAUUUGCAACUUUCUUAAAAAUUUAUUUUUAUACUGUUGAAUUUAACUGUCGAAAAAUGCGAGUGUGACGGCUAUUGGGAUGCUGUAAUAAAUACAAUUGGGCAUCAGUAACCCGAAAAUACAACUGGUAAAUUGUCAGCAAUACGAAAUAUUCUGAAACCUUAGUUAUAUGUGAUCGUCGUGGGGGAGAUGGGGGGUGGGGCAAACAAAGCGACAGUAUUACGUCUCGACAUCAAUAACAAUCGGAAAACAUUGCUUUCGCCUACUACAAAAUAUUAACCUUCCCAAUAUGUGUGAUGAUAUAUAUCCAUCUACACUACCAAAAUAUUCCACAGCGCUAGGAGACACAUAAUCGUAGAUAAAUUGGGAAAAUGUCCUCCAAUAUAUCUUGGACACAAUUUUGGUGUUAGUUAAUAAUCUGAUAAUCGUGUCGUCUAGUGUCUUGAUAUUGUGACGCGUUCAAAUUCAAGCGAAGCGUAUUGUAUCGUAUCUAGUAUUGUAUGAAUACUUCUAGUAAAAAUAAAACAAGUAUAUAGUAUUAAAUUUUUA